GUUUCCAAGACAGACAUUUGAUUGUGUUUUAUGUUUGUGUGUUUGGCUUUUCAUGUUGAAUUCCAAAUGAUUAGAUAUUGUAGUUUUUUUGUAAUGUACACGCUGACACGGGUGUAGUAGAAAUGGAUUCUGGGCUUGAGGACCUUGAGCUGAGAGAGUCACAGAGGGAGUAUCUGGACUUUUUGGAUGAUGAUCAAGACCAGGGUAUUUAUCAUGAGAAGGUCAGGAGUAUGGUGUCUGAGGGCCAGUGUCGCCUUAUUGUUAACAUUAAUGACCUGCGACGAAAAAGUGAAAAAAGAGCCAAAGAAUUACUGAAGAAUGCUUUUGCUGAGCUGGUGGCGUUCCAGAAAGCCCUGAAUGACCUUGUGGGUUCAAUAGACGCCACUUACGCGAAGCAGUUUGAAGAGUUCCACGUUGGUUUUGAGGGCAGCUUUGGGAACAAACAUGUGUCUCCACGUACUCUAAGUGCACGCUUUCUGGGAAAUCUCGUGUGUGUGGAAGGAAUUGUGACCAAGUGUUCCUUGGUCAGGCCCAAGAUUAUGCGUAGUGUCCACUACUGUCCAGCCACCAAGAAAACCUUGGAACGAAAAUACACUGAUCUUACCUCAUUGGAUGCUUUUCCUUCCAGUGCCAUCUAUCCAACCAAAGAUGAAGAAAACAAUCCUCUGGAGACGGAGUUUGGGCUUUGCUGCUAUAAGGACCACCAGACGCUGACCAUUCAGGAGAUGCCUGAGAGAGCCCCUGCAGGACAGCUGCCACGAUCUGUCGACAUCAUCGCCAAUGAUGACCUCGUUGACCGGGUGAAACCAGGUGACCGUGUGCAGAUUGUAGGGGUCUACCGUUGCUUGCCUGCGAAACAGGGUGGCUUUACCUCUGGGACCUUCAGAACAAUCAUGUUGGCUAACAAUGUGAAGCUUAUGAGUAAAGAGAUUGUGCCGACGUUCUCUGCGGAUGAUGUUGCCAAGAUCAAGAAGUUUUGCAAAGCUCAUUCUAAAAAUGUCUUUGAGCAACUGAGUCAUUCUUUGGCUCCCAGUAUCCAUGGCCAUGAGUACAUAAAGAAAGCUAUUCUGUGUCUGCUGUUGGGAGGCAAUGAGACCAACCUGGAGAAUGGGACACGCAUCAGAGGAGACAUCAAUAUCCUGCUCAUAGGUGAUCCUUCAGUAGCGAAGUCUCAGUUGCUCCGCUAUGUUUUGUUCACGGCACCAAGGGCGAUUCCCACCACUGGACGAGGCUCAUCUGGGGUGGGUCUGACAGCAGCGGUUACAACUGAUCAAGAGACGGGUGAGCGUCGUUUGGAGGCCGGAGCCAUGGUUCUUGCUGACAGAGGUGUGGUGUGCAUUGAUGAAUUUGAUAAGAUGUCUGACAUGGACCGAACAGCCAUCCAUGAGGUCAUGGAGCAGGGAAGGGUCACCAUUUCCAAAGCUGGGAUUCAGGCCAGGCUUAAUGCUCGCUGCAGCGUGUUAGCUGCUGCUAACCCCGUGUAUGGAAGGUAUGACCAGUAUAAAACCCCAAUGGAGAACAUCGGGCUCCAGGAUUCCUUGCUUUCCCGAUUUGAUCUGCUCUUCAUAGUUCUAGAUCAGAUGGAUCCAGAUAGCGAUCGGGAGAUCUCGGAGCAUGUGCUGCGGAUGCAUCGGUACAGAACGCCGGGAGAGCCGGAGGGAACGGCAAUGCCACUGGGAAGUACAGUAGAUGUAUUCGCCACAGAAGACCCAAACAUCACAGAAGCAGCUGAGCAGGAGCUACAGAUCUUUGAGAAAAAAGACAACGUCCUGCAUGGCCACAGGAAGAAAAAGGAGAAGAUUGUUACCAUGGAGUUCAUCAGGAAGUACAUCCAUGUUGCUAAGCUGGUGAAGCCAGUCCUCACACAGGAGGCGUCGGACUACAUAGCAGAGGAGUAUUCCAGACUCCGGAGCCAUGACCAAGUCAACAGUGACUCCGCCAGGACGAUGCCUGUGACUGCUCGAGCUCUGGAGACCAUGAUUCGAUUGUCUACAGCACACGCCAAGGCCCGCAUGAGUAAAACCAUCGAUCUGGGAGAUGCAGAAGCUGCACUUGAACUCAUGCAGUUUGCGUAUUUCAAAAAGAUUCUGAUGAAGGAUAAGAAGAGGAAGGUACCCGAGGACUCGGAGAUGGACGUCUCUCAGAGCCAAGAGACAGAGAGUCAAAGGAACCUCAGGAAGCGUUCUCGCAUCUCUAAAGAUGAUGAUGAUGUGGAAAUGACUCAAGAAGGAGAAGACUCUGACCCUUAUGAUUUCACCGAAGAGGAAAACACUCAGCCGAGUCAGAAGAGCAAGCCAGUGUCUCAGAAGAGCAGUCAGAGGAAGAAGGUUGACAUCAGUCAGGACAGAUUGAAAGUCUUCAAGGCGGCUCUACUGAAGGCCUUUAAGGUGACCCGGACUCAGUCUGUGGCAGUGCCUGAUCUCCUGACUCACAUUAACAAAGACCAGGAUGAGGAGUUUGACCAGAACGAGAUUAACCUUCUGCUGGAGCGCAUGCAGGAUGACAACCAGGUCAUGCUCUCAGAGAAUGUGGUGUUUCUCAUCUAAAGGAUUGCCAAUAGACCGCUGCAGCUUUUGCAAAUUCAGAAAUGUAGAUAACAUUGCAAAUAUUUAUAUGCCAGCACUUUGUAACAAAUGACUAAUAAAUUGUGUGAGCAUUAAUGGUUGUGCUUUUUUGAUUGUGCAUUUUAUUUUAUUCUUUUUAUUUAUUCU